AUGGACAACCAGCAUGAUCCCUUCCUCGACCCGUCGCCGCCGCCUCGCGUGGCGUCGUGGCGAGAGACGGCGGCCGGGAUCCUCGCGCUGGCGCCUGCCCUGUUCAUCGGCCAGCUCGGGUGGGUCGGCAUGAAGGUGACAGACACGGCGCUCCUCGGGCACGUGGGCACGCACGCGCUUGCGGCGGCAUCGCUCUCUGACCUGUGGACCAUGGCCUCGGGUGUACUGAUUCAGGGCCGCGUCCUCGGCAUAUUUGUCGGCAACGCCGUCGGCGCGGCAAAGGCGGGGACCGCGCCGUGGCAGCUCGCCGGCGAGUGGCUGCAGGUGAGCGUUGCGGUGCUCGGCGUGAUUUCGUGCUUCGUGAUGGGCCUCUGGGCGGCGACGGGCCCCGUGCUCCGCCUCACUCGCGCGGACGCCGCGCUGAUCCCCGACGCCUCCUACUUUUCGCUCGUGCUGCUGGCCUGCAUCCCGGCGCGGGUGCUCUUCUCGCAGCUGCAGCAGUACCUUUCGGCACAGAGGAUCGUCAAGCCGGCCGCGGCC